GGCGUCAAUGUUAUGGCAUUUUCUGGUACUUUCUACUGCGGUGGUCUGUCACGUAACCCUAAACCUCGAUGAGCCACAGGCAGGACAAGGCAUGCACAUCAUUUGUGUGUAAACAACCAUAGCUCUGGCACAUCUGCUCCAAGUUUUAGACCAAUGAAUGAGUUUGCUACUGUGUACAAAGCGAGAGACAAGACUACAAACACAAUUGUUGCGAUUAAAAAGAUUAAAGUUGGCCAUAGAACCGAAGCUCAAGAUGGAAUCAACAGAACAGCUCUUCGAGAGAUCAAACUGUUACAAGAACUGCAUCAUCCAAAUAUUAUUGGGCUGUUGGACGCCUUUGGACACAAAUCUAACAUCAGUCUGGUGUUUGAUUUCAUGGAAACUGAUUUGGAGGUGAUCAUCAAGGAUACCAGUCUGGUGUUGACGCCAGCCAAUAUUAAAGCCUACAUCCUCAUGACUCUGCAGGGACUGGAGUAUAUGCAUCAUCACUGGGUGCUACACAGGGAUUUGAAACCCAACAAUCUCCUCCUGGAUGGGAACGGAGUGCUCAAGUUAGCUGAUUUCGGUUUAGCCAAGUCAUUUGGGAGCCCUAACAGGGUCUAUACACAUCAGGUUGUCACCAGAUGGUAUCGUUCACCGGAGCUCUUGUUUGGAGCCAGGAUGUACGGUGUUGGGGUUGACAUGUGGGCAGUGGGCUGCAUUUUGGCUGAGCUCCUCCUGCGAUUGCCAUUCUUAGCUGGGGAUUCGGAUCUGGAUCAGUUGACAAAAAUCUUCGAAGCUCUGGGCACACCGACGGAAGAGACCUGGCCCGGAAUGAGUAGUCUGCCAGACUACGUGUCCUUUAAGUUGUUCCCUGGGACACCUCUGGAGCAUAUAUUUAGUGCAGCUGGAGACGACCUACUGGAGCUGCUGCAAGGCCUCUUCACAUUUAACCCUCUGACGCGAACCACAGCUACACAGGCUUUGAAGAUGAGGUACUUCAGUAAUCGACCCGGUCCUACUCCUGGUCCCCAACUCCCUCGACCCAACUGCUCUGGCAAGGCCUUGAAAGAAAAGGACACGCUUGGGCUUAAGAGGAAAAUAGAAGACUCAAAAACAAAUUCCAUGAAGAAGAAGCUAUUUUUUUGACUGGAAUGGACUAGGACAAAACACUGAAGAGAAGGAGCUCCACCAACGGGCGCUAAGUUGUGAUAUAGAUACUUUGCUGCUGCUGUUCAGUGACAAAAUUGUGCCUGUGGUCACAUGAGAUGUGCGCAGCAGUGCUGCGUGGGCCAAACAAUAGAGACUUUCUGCUCUAUGAGGGCUUUGCUUUUGUUCAUUCAAAGAUGUCUGAGCGCUGAAGAACCGACUAUUUAUAGUGUGACUAAUGUUCUGUGAAGUGUAUUGGAGUCUCAUCAAUUUCAUGAAAUGCAUUUCCCUAUUUUUGUAUGUGGAGAAAAAUGAAAAAUA